ACUGAAGCGAUUCUAAUGUAGAAGGUGGUGCUAUUGUGUGCUACUUUUUUGUGACGGAAAACGUCGGCAAACGUAGAAGGAGGGGGGGGGGGAUAGAAGUUGUUUUAUCGACGUUCUGCUUACGUCAAGAUUGCACGAAUCACCUUUCCAGUAAGAUAGUUGUGAGCCUGAAUGUAACUUGUUAAAUUUAAAUUGCGUCUUUAAGUUUAAAUAAGGGUAUGAAGAUUUAGAAUGCAAAUGGAAAGAAAUAUAACAUACGAGAUUAUGGAUUGAUUGAGAAUGCAAGCAUUAUACUUAUAAUUAUAGGAGAAGAAACUGCUACUUGUAAUCGUGUUUCUAAAGUUUCUCGUUUUGGUUAAAAUGCGUAUACGUUUCUCGUGGAAAGCUUGAGUUAAAAGACAGUAUGUAAAACUUUGAUGCUUUCCUGUACGAUAGUCGUUUUAGCAACUCGUGAUUUCUUGAAUGCACGUGCUCUUAACGUUCAAUAAUUUUUCUCAUGUUGUGUAGUGAGUGAGAAAGUUUAAUGGAACGUCAUUCCAGUUUAGAGGAGGAUUAUUACGAGGAGCCCGGAAUGUUUGACUUUACUGGCCAUAGUUGCGCUUUUACAGAAGCGACAGUCCGAAACGGACAGGUAGUUGUACGGUAUGACGAUUUAACUAAACCAUUUUCAAUGACUUCAGAGGAAGAAGAGAAGUAUCAAAACUUUCUGAAGCUUGCUUCUGCAGAAGAAAUGGAAGAAUUAGAUGUUGGGGAAGAAGAUAAGACCUAUGAGCGUAAACCCAGUAUUCAAGAAAGUGAGGCAUCCAGUACAUCUGAAGACUUGGAGGAUAAGGCUAAGCAAGAAGCUGAAUGGAGAGAAGAACUAUCAAAGAUUGAUUAUGAAAUCACGGGAAUUCGUGAAGUCCUGGCCUAUAAGCUGAAACGAUCCAGUGAACUAAAACACAAACUAGGAAUCACUCCCUGGAAGGGAUUUAAAGAGGAUAUGGAACAAGGAAUUCGGCAAAUUCAAGAAAGCUACCAGAGGACUAGUCAAACGCUGAAACAAGCUGGAGAAAAAACCUCUGCAGCUCUCGGCAACAUUGGAUCGAGUGUGAGCAAAAAGUUUGGAGAAGUGAAAAACUCCCAGACAUUCAAAACAAUCGAAGAGAAAGUGGAAACAGCAUAUGAGAGUGUUAAGAGCAGGAUCCCAAGAUCCAAGAAUGACAACCUCCAUGAUGUAAAAUAUACUUCCAAUUCUAUUGGAACAACAGAUCAAGCUGCUUCUCCUGAAAACACUGUAGAGCAAGAACCUUAAAUCUUAGUAUCAGUAUUCAAUGAAAAGGUUUUUUGCAAUUGACUUUUGGCUUGGCAUUUUUAGGAAGAAUUUACCAGAAAGUUAUUGUGUAAAAAAUGGAUGUUAUGUUGCUGUUAUACUUAAAAAAACAAAACUUAUUUUUCUAAAAAAAAAUGUGCUUCGUGUACUCUACAAAAAAUAUCUAACUUAAGGGGUGACUGUUAUGACUUAUACUUUUUUUGAUUAAUGGGAACUUUGUUUAUUGUUGUCCGGUUAGCACUAGAUAAUCAGAAGAAAGAAUAGGUAUUAGUUAAAAUUAUUUAUUUCUUGAAUAAUUGAUGAAGUUUCAGGGGUAAUGAUAAAACGCUUUUAAUGGUUCCGGUUGUGUCUUUUUAAAAAAUUUUGUACCAAGUUAUUGUGACUCUUAGUCUACUAGUGAUUUUGUCGUGUGUUUAAGAAGUAUUUUAGUUAGCAGCAGGUUAAAAUGUUGAACAGUUUGUAAAAAACGUAAUCACAUAAAUCUGUGUUUUUUAUAGUAAUGUCAGUGAGUGUAAAAGAACAAAAAUUAAUCCUAGCACAACAGCAUUAAUUGGUGCCUUCCAGAUCAUCUUUCACUAGGCUUUCCAGUUUAUAUAGCUCUUCUGUUUGACACAAGUUUGAUAUCAAUUUCAAGAUUAUUCAUUUAGAAUACUUUUUUUUAGCUAUUGAUUUAACUUUUAGUAACAACAGCAACAACAAAAAAAAAAUUGCUGUGAACUCAAAUGUGAGGUCGGUCACUUUUCCACACUAAGAAUAAUUUUGGUACAAAAUCUCAUUUUUGAGAUCUUUGUUCAUGAUCUUUUUAAAAUUCAUUUUUAUUUAUUAUAUAGUUGAUUGUGAUUGCACUAAGUUUUAACAAUUGGUUUAUAAAGUUUCAUACCAAAAGGAAGGAAAAGAUUGAAAAAGAGGCUGUAAACUGUAUGUGUCAACACCUGUGAUCAUUCUUCUCAGGGGUGUAUUUUUAUGGAAUAAUUUUAAUGCUCUUUGUUCAUAGUUUUGGCUUUAGAAAAAAAAAGGGGUAAACUUUACGCUGGGGGUUUGCAGCUUUUACAUUAUGGUUACAAGAUGGCUUAAUUGUAGAAUAUGAGCAAUCAGAGAGAUUGCAUAUCCUUGCUCUGCCACUCAUUUUCAAGAGUGCAUGCAUUUAUAUUGGAUAAUGUUAAAUUUCCCUUUAGAAAAUCCUUCUCAGAUCCAGAAUGAUCACCAAUCCAGAUCAUGUUUUUGUAGUGUGAUGAGGAAUCUCAGCCUUAAUGUGCCUAUGAAAUUUGAAACAAAUCCUAUCACACUUUACAGAGUUAUUAAACCAAAACUGCGAAAAUGCCCUUUCUACCCUUAUAAAAAUGCUUCAAAGCGAUUCAGAUCUGGAUUUGAAUCCAGAUCAAAUUUAGGUAGGUCUGUCUUCCCAUCUUGUGUAAAAUCUUCGUGUACAUCUGUCUGUUAGUUUUUGGAAACACACACACACAGCUGUAAUUGCAAAGAGGGGCAAGGAUAAAAAGGUUAAGAGUUUCUGUACAAGGUUUAAUAAUCAGUUUUUAAGAGUAUCUGGAGAUAAUAACAAUGUUAUGUGCAAUUUUUAAAUAAGUGACUAUUUACAGAGGACAGCUUAAGAUGCAGGGUCUGUAGAAAGCUAGUAAUAUUCUCAAGCUGUAAUAUUUGUCUUUAAGCUUGCACUAAUGCUUUUACACUUCUUAAGCUGAUAAUUGGUUGAUUUGUUUUUAUUUAGAGAAAGAAGAAGAAUCUCAUGAUUUGAUGGUUUAAAUUUUCAUAUAAAAACAACCAAAAAAAUUCUUCCUAGAAACUGUAAAUUUAUUCAGAGACUGUCUAAUGAAACAAUCUUCGUUGGGUGGUCUGUGGGUCUUGUUCGGCUCAUGGAAAUCCUUAAACUAGCUAAUCGUAAGUUUUAAACUUUAUAUAAAACAAAGAAACUUGCAUACACCUAAACAAGUUGCCCCUACCCCCAGUGGCUCAGUAAUAAGUCUACAGGGCUACUAUGUUAAAAAAUCGGGUUUCGAUAUCUGUGGUGGGCAGAGCAUAGAUAGCCCCUUGUGUAGUUUUGCACUUAACAACAACCAAACCUAAACAAGUUUGACUUUGGUAAGUGGAUUAAAAAAAGUAUGAAUAUUAGACUAAAACUAUUGCAUAUUAAUAUACAAAUCAUUCAGUAGAGUUCACAUUUCUCUACUAUUGCCACUACAUCUUUGUUUUCAACAGCAAUUUGAAAAAUUGUAAAUAGGGUUAAAAAUUAUUGUUCUCAAAUAGUUGAAAUCUCCAAUAUGGUGUGGGAUGGCACUGUUUGGAUGUGACGAUGCUGAAGGGUUAAUAUAUAAUCGGAUAGCAACCCUCAACUUCAUCAGGUUUUGGGACAGUUUUGAACUUGAGGCAUAAAUAGCACAAAAAGCUUUUACUUUCCUCUCUCCCUCGUCCACACCAGUGUGAACGGAAUGAACUUGAAAUGUAAAAACUGCCUUAUAAUUAUAUUUGUAUAGCUUUUUUUUU